UUACACAAAGCAGAGAUGAUAACAUCCAAGGAUUAUCCUUACGAAAAUUAUGAAAUCGUUGCGGAAGAUGGAUUCUUCCUGCAAUUACAUAGAAUUCCAUUCGGUAAAAAUCUGAAAAAUACGGAAGCCUCAGUUUACUUGCAACAUGGAUUACUCAGCACAUCGUGCGAUUUCUUAAUGAAUUUGGAAAACCAGAGUCUAGCGUAUAUUUUAGCCGAAAAUGGUUUCGAUGUUUGGUUGGGCGACAUAAGGGGUAACACGUAUUCCAGGAAACAUAAAACGUUUACGUCAGAGGACGACGAAUUUUGGGAUUGGAGCUUCGAUGAAAUGGCUAGAUACGAUAUCCCGGCGUUCAUCAAUUUCAUCCUCAAAAAAACGAGCCGAGAAUACUUGUACUACGUAGGGCAUUCCCAGGGAACCAUGGUGGCAUUCGCACAUUUCUCCCAGAAUCCUAAGAUUUCUUGGAAGGUCAAAAUGUUUUUCGCGCUGGCGCCCGUAGCCUACUUGAAAGAAAUCAAAUCUCCCAUGAGAAUGAUAGCGCUUAUGUCACGGACCUUGAAACUCAUAAACGACAUGUUCGGUAGCAGAAAAUUUAUGCCUAAGAACGCUUUAUUAGAAUGGAUGGCCGCGUCUGUCUGUCCCCAAGAUAUAGAGCUCUGCGCCAAUAUGCUAUAUUUAAUUGGAGGUCCAGAGACGGGAAAUUUUAAUAAAAGUAAAGUGCCAGUCAUAUAUGGACAUUACCCCGCAGGAACGUCGGUUAAAAACAUUGCUCAUUUUAUCCAGGGUAUUUUAAAUGAUGAUUUUCGAAUGUACGAUUACGGUUUUUUUAAAAACCUGAAAGAGUAUGGAAAGUCUGAACCACCAUCGUACGAUAUAAGUCAAAUGAUGGUUCCUACAAUGAUAUUUUGGGGAGUUAAAGAUUGGUUAGCCGACCCUGAAGACGUGAACAAGUUGAUUCCCAAAAUUAAAAACUUGUUGGGUAAUUAUAAAUUCGAAAAUUCGAAUCAUUGGGAUUUUAUUUACGGGACAAAUGCCGCGAACGAUUACUACUCCAUCAUAGUCAAGACCAUGCUAGCUUCAGAAAAGAAUUAA